AUGGGCGAAGUUCGCGUCGCAAUGUCCUCGCCGUUCGCGAACAUCAUCGGCAAAUAUCGACCCAAGCUCGAGUCGUACGAAGAAUUGUACAAACACUACCACGCCAAUGGAGAACUGUCGACACAGGAGAAGGAAACAGCUGCGUCCAUCACCGAGCAUCUGAAGAAACUGUCCUCCGAUUUCGAUAUUCGGACGGGGAUAGGUGGACACGGCCAGAUCGCUAUCUUGGAGAACGGCGAGGGCAAAACCAUUCUGCUCCGUGCAGACAUCGACGCUUUGCCAGUCGCAGAGAAGACAGGACUCCCGUACGCGAGCAAUAAAACUCAGCUCGACACGGAUGGCCUGGUUAAGCCGGUGAUGCACGCCUGUGGCCACGAUUUUCACAUUACUUCGCUUCUCGCGGCGGCGGAGACACUGAUCGCAGCACGCUCGGAAUGGGCCGGAAGGAUCAUCUUCCUCUUCCAGCCAGCGGAAGAACGAGGCUGCGGCGCACAGGCGAUGGUGGACGACGGACUCUAUGACAAAGCCAAGCACGCCUGCCCGAUCCCAGACGUGGUGCUGGGCCAGCACGUCUUCCCCUUGCAAGCGGGCAAGACGGGGCUAAAACCAGGGCCGCUGAUGUCUGCGGCGGACAGCUUCAAAAUCACCAUCUACGGCAGCGGCGGGCACGGGUCGAUGCCGCACAUGACGAUCGACCCGGUCGUCAUCGCCAGCCACGUCGUCGUGCGCCUGCAGACCAUCGUGUCGCGGGAGGUGCCUCCUGAUGAAACCGCUGUCGUCACCGUCGGCGCCCUCCAGGCCGGCAGCACCGAGAACGUCAUCUCCGACGAGGCGGUCCUCAAGAUCAACAUCCGCUCCGUCAGCGCGGAGUGGCGCGAGAAGAUUCUCGCCUCUGUUCGCCGCAUCGUCAAGGCCGAAACCAUGGCUGGGAACUCGCCCAAGGAGGCCACCAUCGAGCCGACUUCUUCUUUCCCGCUGACUAUCAACGAUGCCGAGACCGCUGGGAUCAUCAAUAAGUCCUUCACAGAGCACUUUGGCGAUGACCAUGACCCCGCCAUCAAGAAUGUGCUAGGCAGUGAGGAUUUUGGCAUCCUAGGCUCGUAUAUCAAUAAGCCGUAUUGUUUUUGGUUCUUCGGCGGGCAUGAGCGAGCGAUGUUCGACGACCUGGUCAAGAGUGGGAAGGGCCAUACCAUCCCUGUGAACCAUAGUCCGUUUUUCGCGCCAGCGAUACAGCCGACACUGACGACGGGUGUGGACGCUUUAGUUGUUGCUGCAUUGACCUAUCUGGGAAAGGACAGGAAGUGA